CCCACUAUUUUUACCCAGUUCUUUGAGCUGCAAUACCACUUCCGCCACCGCAGAUGUCAGUAGCGAGCCAGCGGCGCCACUUCCGAUUAGAGAAAUGUACGGACAAAGAAGACUAAACAUCAACACCAGAGCUCUUGAAGAGAUUAUUUUGUGCCUGACCCAGAUAUAAAAUAGAGCACCGGCGACGAAAAUGGACACGAGAGCCUUGAAGAACCCAUAUCCCGACUGUGAUGGGAGCCCUGCGUGCACACAGGCGCUGUUUGAUUCUCAGGGACAGAUCACGUCGGAGUUCGCCCACCAGCUAACCAGCAAGGUCAGCGAGCUCUUAUCUGUCAUGGAGAAUGGGCUGAGGUCCGCGGAUCCAAGAGACUGCACCACUUACACAGGCUGGGCAGGUAUUGCUCUUCUCUACCUGCACCUCCACGACGUGUUCAAGGAGCCCUCCUUCCUUCAGAAAGCGCUCGAUUACGUCAGCCACAGCCUGAAGUGUUUGACGCAGCGCCACGACGUCACCUUCCUGUGCGGGGACACUGGGCCGCUGGCCGUGGCCGCGGUGGUCUACUAUCGCCUUCAGAGGGCGCAGGAGACUGACGAGUGCAUCAACAGACUGCUGCAAUAUUACCAGUCGGUGGUGAAGGGCGUAGGCGGACUCCCAGACGAGACGCUCUAUGGGCGGGUGGGCUACCUCUACUCCCUCAUCUUCAUCAACCAGCAGCUCGGUCAUGACAGGAUCCCGCUGCAGUACAUCCAACAGAUCAGCGAGGCCGUGCUGGCGUCAGGUGAACACCUCAGCAGGAAAUUCCGGAUGCAGAACCAGAGCCCCCUGAUGUACGAGUGGUACCAGGAGCGGUACGUUGGCGCCGCCCAUGGCCUGGCGGGCAUCUACUACUUCCUCAUGCAGCCAGGCUUCGUUGGCGUGGAGGAGUACAUGCACAGGCUGGUGAAGCCCAGCGUCGACCACGUCUGCCGCCUCAAGUUCCCCUCCGGGAACUACCCGGCCUGCAUCGGGGAUGAUCGGGACCUGCUGGUGCACUGGUGUCACGGGUCCCCGGGGGUGGUCUACAUGCUCCUUCAGGCCUACAAGGCUUUCGGCAUUCCUCAGUACCUCGAGUACGCCCUGCAGUGUGGGGAGGUGGUGUGGCGGUGGGGUUUGCUGAAGAAGGGCUACGGGCUGUGCCACGGAGCGGCCGGUAACGCCUACACCUUCUUGGCCCUGUACCGGCACACCCACGACCCGAAGCACCUGUACAGAGCCUGCAUGUUUGCCGACUGGUGUAUGAACUAUGGCAAACAUGGGUGCCGGACCCCAGAUACUCCCUUCUCCCUUUUUGAAGGCAUGGCAGGCACCAUCUACUUCUUGGCCGACCUACUGCAGCCAAUGAAAGCGAGGUUCCCGGCAUUCGAGGUGUAGCCCUCCGUCCUCCGCGCCCACGCUGCAGAUAAUAGAACAACAAGAAGACCCUUACUGCUCCUUGUCACACCCGCAUGCAUUCUGGGACUUGGCAAAAGGUACAAGUCUUUACGGCCACUGCUUCCAGCAUUGGGCCACGUUUUUCCCGCUCUUCUCUACUGGGACGAUCUUAUUAACAAGAAGACUCCUGGAUCUCGUUUGUGCAUAAAUGUAACUCCUGCUUUAUAAAAAUGUGAUGAAAACAAUCUCUUUUUUUUUUUUUUUUUCUUUUUUUAAAUUUUUUUGUUAGCGACUAACUGUACAUUUUUCUUUCUUUUUAGAAAAAAAAACGGCAGAUCUAGAUAUAAUACGCUAGUGUCAUGUGUUCUUUGCACUGUCUGAGCAAUAAAAGUUUUACAACUGUUGCUCUGAAA